GCAUUUUUUACUCUCUGACUAGUUUUACGAACUACUGCUUUCUCUCUCUAAGAAUACCUCCCUUCUAGAUCUCUUGUUGUUUCUCUUCUCACCCUCUUUUCCGAGUUCACCUCCUACCCUCAGUUGGACUCAAACAUAACCAAACCCAAAACUGACUCGACCCAAAUCCCUUCUCUUCUUCGAUCCUCCAUCACCACCUCCUCUUCUCCGAUCCUCCGCCGAUCUCCCUCACUCCUAUCCUCUUGUUCCUCAUCCUCCUCCCUGCAAAAAUCCACAACCCAAAACAUCACCGAGAUCCCCUGUCCCGCUGGCUCCACCGAGUUUCGGCAAUGGCGACUUCCCUGCCUCCGCCGGCUCCACUAGAUUUCAGCCUCUCCUCCAUCUCCAAUCCUAAUGUUAUCCAUCUCCACCACCACCACCUCUCUUCUAAAUUUGGGAAACCGCCGCCGCUGUAGCAACCAUGGAGAAGAAGAUUUCCGCUGCUUCUUAGCGAUUCCUGCUCUCCCUUCCCUUCUCUCUUCCCCUAUUCCUCUAGACAAAGGCGAGAAAGUAGGCAAGAAGUACCUAUCGAACCAUAAGAAGAGGGGAGUUGGGAGAAAUCUCUCACCCCCGCCAAUCAUACGAGCUAUGGAUGCUACCGCUACCUACAUCGCUGCCGCAGUCACCGUCCAGGCUCGGGCUGGAUGCGUUCAAAUCGGCGACAACAAGGAGUAACUGGUGGAUUCCUUCCUUAUCGAGGCUCUCCAGAACCCACUCCACCAUCUCACCAGUCAGUUUCUGGUUUCCUUCUUGUUCUUUGUCAAUUCACAAAUUUCUUACUCUCUUGUCUGAUGUUUUUGUUGGUAGAUUGGUUGAGGAUUAGGCUUUUGAGUCACAGAGAUUGACUAUUGAAUUCUGGUGUAGAUAGUUAGAUCUGGUUAUUGUGACAUUAUUGAAGUUUGGCAGAUUUGUGGUAGACUGCAAUGCUUAAUGAGGAAGGAGGAAAGGUUCUUGCGUGGGCGAGCUUGGGAUGAAAUUUCUGGGUUGUCCCUUUGCAAACCCAGAUUUUUCAGCUCUAUUGGAAACUCCAGUUUCUCGUAGGAAGAAAUGAAGGACACGUUGCUGAAUAAGGGUCUCGAUGUUCA